UUUCCAAGAGACCCAAAGCGGAUUUACAAAAAAGUAUACUACUCGCAUGCGUCCCCAUCAGUAGUAUCACCGUUACACCCACAGUAUCGUCCUUCCAGCCUACGAGUCGCUUACUAUGCCUUUGGGAACAACUCCAGAUAUUUGCUUCCACUAAAUACAAGCAAACUUUCAUGCGAAAAAAGUUCCACCUGUGCCUCACUCACUCGCUCAAGUGCGGAGACGUUCGCCUGUUCAGGCGUGAGAAUUCAGGUGCGUCCAACGUGCGAUGGUGGAAUAGUGGUUGCACGUUCGCCUCGCAUGUCAGCACCCUUUCGGUGCCUAGCUGCCAUUCCACACGAAGGAGGCACGAGGGCUGGGAUACUGCGAGAGUGCCCAGACCUAGACAGGGGAAGUCGAGAGGCGGAGGUCGGGUUUGAACCACGGACGCUUUGGUCAGUAAAUUCGCGCUCUAACCACUUGGACCAUCUCGCUCCAGAGAAACACUGUAUAGCUGUGGUCAUUCGGGAGGCCACUCAGUAUGUGAUUAAUGUUAACUAUGAUAAUCUGGAAAGUUCAUUGAAGCAGGGUUCAAGAUUUACGACCGGAUUUAGUUUUAUUCAGUGCGAAAUGACUCAGUGGUUACAGCGCAAAUUUACUGACCGGAAGGUUCGUGGUUCGAACCCAGCCUCUGCCUCUCAACUUUCCCUGUCUAGGCUUGGGCAACCUGGUAGUAUCACAGCCCUCGUGCUUCCUUCAAAUAGCAUGGCAGCUAGGCACCGAAAGGGUGCUACAGCUGAACGAUCUUUAUUUAUAUUUAUUUUUUAUCCAGUGCUUCAGUGGGCUAAAAAGAAACAUUUUAGAUGGAGUUUCAUUCUACAUACGUUUCAGGACAACUUCGUGAAUAAAGACUUCAACUGCGGCCUUCAUUUACGUGCCUUAGUAUGCAGUCUUGUCAAGUUAGCGAACGAGCGUAUGCUGGAUCCGACCAUGUCCAAACUUGGACAGCCUGGCGGUAUCCCAACCAUCAUUCUUCCUUCUGGUGGCGUGGAAGUUAGGCACCAAAAGGUUACCGUAGCUGAACGAUACGAUGUUGCUGAGAAUUCUUCGACAGACCACGGCCGGUUUUGCCCUUAUUGGAGCUCAUCAGGUAAGCAAUCUGGUUUCAAGCAGAACAUAAGAUUGCUUGAAACUCUAGAACUGUAUCGCGAUAUCUCGAAUAUCGUACCAACUGAAACGUCAGGCGACCUGGUGCAGUUGCUCAGACACAUCAUAAACGAGCUAACUCAUUUGCAAAUCAAUUUGGUUUCCACGAGUGACUCAACUGAACCUCUCGUUUAUGAUACUCCACAACUGAAUGUGCUGCACACAGGCUGCCUCAUGUUUCAGUUGGCACGAUAUUCGAGAUAUCGCAUAUCUCGUGAAAACCAAAUUGAUUUGCAAAUGAGUGUAUUUUUCAAAAACAGUCCGAUUUGGGUUCAAGUAGAACAUAAGACUGACGGAAACUUGAAGACUGCGUCUACCUGA